AAAGCCACGAAACCUAACUAAUCCAUUUUCAAAGGGUAAUUUUGUCAUUUCCUUUCCAUACAACUUUUAUAUGGUCACCUUCCCCAAUGAAACGGACUUCUAUUCUUUGGUCUUUUCAUUUGUAAACUAAAUCAUUUUUUCAUUUGCCAUUGUUCUUCAUUCUAGAACUGAAGGCCAAAAUUUCGGUUUUCAAAUUCUCAAUUCUCAAUUCUUAUCCAAUACAUAAAAUUCAUAAUAAAUCUCAUUACUUAAUUCAUUAAUUUCUAUACACAAAAAUAAUUAAAAUUAAAUUGAAUCAUUGCAUUUUUUUUCUUCAAUUGUUCAAUUAAUACUUUUGUUUUUCGAAAUUUUGAUCCUAUUGAGCGAAUUGGAUUUCGUUUUCAAUCGGAUUAAUCAUUUCGUACAGAGGAAUUCGUGAACUUUGAUUUUGUAGCUGUGGUGUUGAUUUUUUUUGUUGAUAAGAAAAAAAUGAGGAAAUGGUGCGGUGAAAACGACGUCGUUGAGGUUGACGGAAUUGAUGUUAGUGUUUGUGUUGCGGCGGAUGGUGAUUUUUGGGUCAGCGUUGGCUCCGCCGGUUGUCCGAUCGGGAAAUUCAGCCUUGAAAGCGAACAUGAUUUGGCGCAUAUGGUUAACGAUUUCAUAGAGAAUGCAGGAAGCUUUGGUGCUGAGUCUUGGUGUAGCAGUGAUAGCGAUUCUUCUCUCUCUGAUUUUGCUCACCUUGCUGAAAAGAUUCAGAUCUGUAAGCGAUCGGUGACUCAACAUGAGAGCGACUUGAUCCCAGUUGUUCAUUCUCUAAUACGGUCAAUGAAGGAUACCAACCUAGAAAUGGUGAAUUCUGGUCCAUGUUAUGCAAGCUGUAUCAGAUUUUAUUUGGCAAAGUUGAUGAGACUUUCUGGCUAUGAUGCCAGUGUUUGUACAUCUAAAUGGCAGCGUGUUGGCAUAAUUCCUGGAGGUGAUCACGAAUAUAUUGAUGUGCUGGUCGAGAAUAACUCUGGAAAAUCAGAGCGCUUGAUUAUUGAUAUCGAUUUCCGAAGCCACUUUGAAAUAGCUAGAGCUGUUGAUUCCUAUGACAGGAUACUGAAUUCGCUUCCGUCUGUUUACGUGGGUUCCCUUACUAGGCUGAAACAGUUUCUCGGAAUAAUGGAGGAAGCUACUAGAUCUUCUUUGCAACAAAAUUCUAUGCAUUUUCCUCCAUGGAGAUCUUUAACAUAUUUAAAAUCCAAGUGGCUAUCGCCCUAUGAAAGAAUCAUUCAUUCAGACAGCAGCAUUAAUAUUAGCAAAGACGGCGAAUGCUUCGACCACAAGCAAUGCCGUGGACAUUUGAAGAAGCUGCAAUCUUGUCUUCAGGCAGGAAUAGAAGUAGAGCGAGUGUUAAAGGCUCGUAACAUUGAAAGUAACUGGAGGAUGAAACCUGACAGAUGGAGGCAAACGUUACUCCGGCCUCUUUGACUUAUGUACAGAUUUUGGUUCUGAAGUUCUCAUAAGAGUGAAUGAAUAAAUAUUAAAUACAGAAUUUUGCGGCUUUUUAUUCCUUCAGCUAAACCUUCUCCUAGCUACCUAAUAAAGAAGCCUUAGCAACAGCAAUAAGGCGAUUUUCUAUAUGCAUCAUUUAUUUGACACUUAUGCAUCUUGAAGUUUUUCGGUACCCAAAGAUUUGAGUUUAUGAGCUUUUAUGUAGCAGCGGUGUCACACAGUACAGUACUGGGUAUCUGUACUCUACCUGAUAACUUCCUUGCCUCGUAUUUUUGUUGGGACUUGGAAAUUUUGAUAUAUGUUGUGCUCUAAUUUUUUCUAUAAAUAUUUUCAUGAUUAAUUUUGAUUGAUGAGCUGAAGUAUUUGUAAUUUCCUUUCUGUUUUGAGAACUUUGGUAAUGUCUGUUUUGGUCAUGAAAAAAUAAUAGAGCAAAAGUUUGAAACU